AUGAACAUCAAGUUCUGCAAAACCAACCUCCUUAUUGAUCACAAGGAAGUGGAUGAGAAAUACCAAUUCAAGUUCACACACCCCACAGCUGGCCCUUCCAAGCUGGUUCUGCCCAACCCUGAACUCACCACAGUCAUCAGGGGCUCCAAGGAUGAACCCCUCUGUUGUGGCUGCUCACAAGAGGAUUGGACUUCUCCAAAAGUUCAACAAGUGGCAAGGGAAGGCCAUGAGAAAAUGCAAAAGUCCAUGGACAAAAUGGUGAGCAAGAUCAAGAGUUUGGAGAAGAAGGUCUCUGGUUCUUCAUCCAAGAAGAAGAAGACACCCAUAGCUUCUACAUUUCCAGGAGUCGAUCCUUCUCACCACUCCAAGGAGACUCCCUGCCCAAGAGCCUCACAGAGCCUCUCAUUUGAACCAAGGGAAGAAGGAGACAACACGCAGAGGAGGAGGAAAAGUUCCAAGCCCGACGCUCUAACUCGACCACUGGACUCGAUCGAGUCCAAACAGAGGAAACUCAACUCGGUCGAGCUGAUGGUCGAGUUGACCUGA